AUGCCACCAAAACGCCCUUCAAAAGCCAAUGAGGAAGCUCCAUCUCGCAGGAACGAUGAACCAAAAAAAAGUCAAGAAGAAGAACGCAAAGUCAAAAUACCCCCAGAGUUGAUAGCGAAACUAGUCAAGAACUUUCUAGAGGAUGAGGGUACAAAGGUGUCGGGUGCUGCAACCAAGACUGUCGGGGAAUACAUGCAUCUCUUCCUCACAGAAGCCGUCUACCGUGCUGUCAGUAACAGAAGAGACGGUGAUCCAUGGGCUAAGACGACAAAUUCCGGACUGAUGCUUGAGGUAUGUACACGCAUGAGUUCCCACAAGAUCUGCUGCGUAGCCGCCAGGACAAUGCAGGCCCUUGGUCGCGAAUACGACACCAUGUAA